AUGCGAUGUGGACAAGACAUAAUUGUCUUGAUUAACGUUGGAGGCGUGGGCAAUGCAUGUGUGCGAGUUGUGGUUUUUGGGGUUGGAAGCGUGGGCAAUGCAUGUGUGCGAGUUGUGGUUUUUGGGGUUGGAGGCGUGGGCAAUGCAUGUGUGCGAGUUGUGGUUUCUGGGGUUGGAGGCGUGGGCAAUGCAUGUGUGCGAGUUGUGGUUUUUGGGGUUGGAGGCGUGGGCAAUGCAUGUGUGCGAGUUGUGGUUUUUGGGGUUGGAGGCGUGGGCAAUGCAUGUGUGCGAGUUGUGGUUUUUGGGGUUGGAGGCGUGGGCAAUGCAUGUGUGCGAGUUGUGGUUUUUGGGGUUGGAGGCGUGGGCAAUGCAUGUGUGCGAGUUGUGGUUUUUGGGGUUGGAGGCGUGGGCAAUGCAUGUGUGCGAGUUGUGGUUUUUGGGGUUGGAGGCGUGGGCAAUGCAUGUGUGCGAGUUGUGGUUUUUGGGGUUGGAGGCGUGGGCAAUGCAUGUGUGCGAGUUGUGGUUUUUGGGGUUGGAGGCGUGGGCAAUGCAUGUGUGCGAGUUGUGGUUUUUGGGGUUGGAGGCGUGGGCAAUGCAUGUGUGCGAGUUGUGGUUUUUGGGGUUGGAGGCGUGGGCAAUGCAUGUGUGCGAGUUGUGGUUUUUGGGGUUGGAGGCGUGGGCAAUGCAUGUGUGCGAGUUGUGGUUUUUGGGGUUGGAGGCGUGGGCAAUGCAUGUGUGCGAGUUGUGGUUUUUGGGGUUGGAGGCGUGGGCAAUGCAUGUGUGCGAGUUGUGGUUUUUGGGGUUGGAGGCGUGGGCAAUGCAUGUGUGCGAGUUGUGGUUUUUGGGGUUGGAGGCGUGGGCAAUGCAUGUGUGCGAGUUGUGGUUUCUGGGGUUGGAGGCGUGGGCAAUGCGCAAGCGUGCGCGUGUGUAUACAUUGAGGAACUGGAAAAUGCUGAAGGAAAAUGGGGCCUCAUCUGUGUGUUGUACAAGGAUUUGUUCAUUCUAAUCAUUCUUAACUGCUUUAAUUUCACGUUGACGACCAUUAUUUCAAUAGAAAGUAGGAAUAUAAGAGGCAAUGAGCUUGAAACUUUGCUUUGA